UCCUCCGCCGCCGCCCGCCGCGAUGGCACGCUACCUCCGCUCUGCCUCUGCCGCCGCCGCCGCCGCCGCCUGGCCUCGCUGCCCGGCCGCGGCGCUCCCCGCGCUCGGCACUUGGCAUCGCCCGCCGCAGCGGCACUAUGCUGACCAGAGGAUCAAGGUUGCCAACCCCGUGGUGGAAAUGGACGGGGAUGAGAUGACCCGGAUCAUCUGGGCCUUCAUCAAGGAGAAGCUGAUCCUGCCCAACGUGGACCUGCAGCUGAAGUACUUUGACUUGGGGCUGCCCCACCGGGACCAGACGGAGGACCAAGUCACCAUAGAUUCAGCCCUGGCCACAAAGAAGUACAGCGUGGCCGUGAAGUGCGCCACCAUCACCCCCGACGAGGCCCGUGUGGAAGAAUUCAAGCUGAAGAAGAUGUGGAAGAGCCCCAAUGGCACCAUCCGGAACAUCCUGGGGGGGACGGUUUUCCGAGAGCCCAUCAUCUGCAAGAACAUCCCUCGCCUGGUCCCGGGCUGGAUAAAGCCCAUCAUCAUCGGGAGACAUGCUCACGGUGACCAGUACAAAGCCACAGACUUCGUGGUGGAUAAAUCAGGGACCUUUAAGAUGGUUUUCGUGCCCAAAGAUGGCAGUGGAGCCAAGGAGUGGGAGGUCUUUAACUUCCCAGGCGGGGGUGUCGGCCUGGGCAUGUACAACACCGAUGAGUCCAUCUUGGGCUUUGCCCACAGCUGCUUCCAGUACGCCAUCCAGAAGAAAUGGCCGCUCUACAUGAGUACCAAGAACACCAUCCUCAAGGCCUACGAUGGGCGGUUCAAGGAUAUCUUCCAGGAAAUCUUUGACAAGCACUACAAGACCGAAUUCGACAAGCUCAAGAUUUGGUAUGAGCAUAGGCUCAUUGAUGACAUGGUGGCCCAGGUGCUGAAAUCAGCUGGCGGCUUCGUCUGGGCUUGCAAGAACUACGAUGGAGACGUCCAAUCAGACAUCCUGGCCCAAGGGUUUGGCUCCCUGGGUCUCAUGGCCUCAGUUCUUGUCUGUCCGGAUGGAAAAACCAUUGAAGCAGAGGCUGCCCACGGCACGGUUACUCGCCACUUCCGGGAGCACGAAAAGGGCCGCCCCACUAGCACCAACCCCAUUGCCAGCAUCUUCGCCUGGACCCGAGGCCUGCAGCACCGAGGCAAGCUGGACAGCAACCCACAGCUGAUCAGGUUUGCAGAGACUCUGGAGAGGGUCUGCGUGGAGACAGUGGAGCGUGGGACAAUGACCAAGGAUCUGGCUGGCUGCAUCCAUGGAUUAAGCAAUGUGAAGUUAAAUGAGCACUAUGUGAACACCACCGACUUCCUGGACGCCAUCAAAAGCAACCUGGAUGGAGCCCUGAGCAAGCAGUAGGCUAGGAGGGACUGCGGACGGGGACUCCGAGCGAGCGUGCGUGCAUGCAUGGCUGCUCCCUUCAACGGGAGUCCUUUUUGGCCUGUUUCUCAAGCUUGUGAGACCAUUGUGGCCACUCUUGGGGAGGAGACCUGGCCCCCUUCCCGUUCUGUGACUGCAGAUCUUGCAAGAAGAGAAGAAAAUGGUUGAGUGCUGUAAUUGCCUUGGGUGCCAAAGAGAGCUAUUAAACGAUGGCUUCUCCCUUA